AUGUUUCCUCAUCCCUCUUCUCAUUACACAUCACCCCACCAACAACAGAGUCGUGUAUCUUCAUACAACACCACUCCCUUCGGAUCAGGUUCCUCUCCUUCUUUUUCCGUUGCUGAUUUACAGCAAUAUUUACAGGAGAAGAGAGUUGAAGAAUUAUUUGUAAGCUUGAUGCAAGCCAUUUGUUUGGAACGUCCCCAACACAUCAUUCCGUUCCUUCAUCAGAAAUUGACUCAAAUUGAAAGCUUUGCUGGUGUUGUUUCUCAUCAACAAGUACCCUCACAGCCACAGCAACAACAAAUUUAUACAACCACAGCACCAUCAUCAUACAAUAACAGCAUACAACAACAACCUCCACAGCCACAACAACAACAAGCUUAUUCUUUUGGAUCCUCACAACCAAAGCAAUCUACUGGCACUAAAUCCCCUCCAUCAAUUGGAAUAAAUAAUUCCGUCCAACAACAACCAGCAAAAUCUCCUUCUCCAUUCAGUUGGGACAGUAGAAGUGCUUUCACAGAUACUGGAGAAGUUGCUACUGAAAAACCCUCCAAGUCCAAUGGGGAUGCUUCUGUUCGCUUUGCUGUUCCUUCUCCAAGUUCAAGUGCUUUGGCUGAAAACAGUUCAGGCAUUGAUUGGAACGAAAGCGAGAAUCGUAGAAGAAGAUAUUCCAUUUCUGUAGCGAGAAGACGAGCUGUUAGUAGUGAAGUGUUAGACGAAUCAAAGCCAUUAACCGCAGAAGAGUUACAAGUCCAUCACAAAACUCCAGAAGAAUUUUCCAAGCUUAAAGAAGCUUUGUCAUCGAACGCUCUUUUCACUUCAUUGGAACCAGAGGAUCUAAAAAUUAUCUUGGACACCAUGUUUGAAGUAAAUGUUAAAAAAGGAGACACCAUCAUUCGUCAGGGAGAUGAACAAGGCGAUUUGUUCUAUGUAAUUUAUAGUGGAGAGUGUGAAGCACUCAAAAAAACAGGUAACGAAGAGAAAGUAGUUAAGGAAUAUUCAGCAGGAGAUUCAUUUGGAGAAUUGGCUCUUAUUUAUGGAACUCCAAGAGCAGCUACUGUUCGCUCCAAGACUGACUGUAAAUUAUAUGCUAUCGAUCGUGUCACAUUCCGUCGUAUUGUCAUGCUAAAUACUAAGCGUAAACGUGAAAUGUAUGAAGACUUUUUGAAACGUGUUCCAAUUUUAGAAACUCUAACUGAUUAUGAGAGAAUGACUGUUGCAGAUGCUCUCGUUCAAGAAACAUACGAUGCUGAAGACGACAAGGGCCGCUAUAUCAUCCGACAAGGAGACCGAGGAGAUGCCUUCUACAUUAUCAUUGAGGGCGAAGUUGUCGUCAAAAAGAAAGCGAAUCUUGCUGAUGUAAAUGCUCCAGAAGAAGAGUUGACUAGAUUAAGUGUUGGUGAUUACUUUGGAGAAAUUGCUUUGCUAACAGACCAAACUCGUCAAGCAAGCGUAGUUAUUCCUGAGGACGCUAGUGAAAAUGUUAAGCUUGUUAGACUUAAUAGAAAGGACUUUAAGAGUCUGUUGGGCCCUUGCGAGGAAAUCUUGAAGAGAAAUAUGAGACUUUACACUCAAUAUGUGACUCAAAUUUAA